UUAAAGUUUGCAUAUAAGCUUCUGCUGUUGAAAUGUAUUAUGGAGAAUUUAUUGUCUGCAUUAACCGUUAUAUUGUAUUGUUGAGUCGAGUAGUAGCAACAGUUAUUCCCAAUGUUAUAAAAAAAGUUGUUUUCUGGGUCCAAAUCCUGGACCUGGAAUUCUGGAACUUUCUCUCUAUUGCAUCAUAUAAAACAUUCUGGAACUUUCUCUUAAAUAAAGGAACAUGUCAGGGAGGCCCUCUCCUCUCUCUUGCAUCAUGUAAAAUAUAAGUUCUUAUCAUAUAAAAACAGACAUGAUUCUGAAACUUUCUCUUAAAUCAAAUGGUGACCCAGCCCACUUUUACUAGUUUAUGUUUGAAUGAGCCAAUAGAGAUAAAGGGGUGGGGUUUCUGUUUUUCUGCUUUAAAUAUUUUCAGAGGCCCUGUCAUUCUUCUUGUUGCAUUUGUUGCAAAAAAAAAAAGGUUCACAUUAAAAGAGAAAAGCCUCAAAAGAGAAGACAUCAGGAAACCAAUCAACUAGCAUGUGGCUCAUCUGCAGAUGGACAGACCAUCACAAGACCCGCUUCAUCGCUGAUGCUUCAUCCUCUACACUCCUGGAUAGAAAUCUGAUCUUACCUCCAUCAGCAUUCAAAUCCUCGAUUCAGCACGAGAUUCCCACCUUCCAGGAAUCUCCGCCUGAUUCCUCUGGAUUACCCCCUGCGUCUUCUGAAGCUCCUUCAUCCGGCGUGGGAAAAAAACUACACCGCACACCGUUACCCAGUGGGACAUCGCUUCUUUGUGAGACUCCAGUCUCUGUGUAUGAGAACCCAGUCCAUGCAUUGGGUGCACCACGCAAGUCCACCUUUUAUCUGUGCCGAGUGCAGAAUCCAUCAUGCCAUGUUCUGCAACAGGAGUGGUCAUUGAAACCUUAUGGAAUGUCUGGAAAAUGGGGAUACCUUUUUYGUUAUGAAACAGGAGAACUCUCUGUGUACCAGCUCGAGGAAGAAAAAGAACAACUAACAGCCUCUUCAGUGACAUGCAAUCUGACCUACAACGACUGGGCAGUGUUAAGGUUGGCAGUUCUUCGCAAGAGAAAAUCAACCCCACAACCAGAGGAUUAUAAAGAAAGACAAGAAGAAGAAGAAGAUGAGAAAGGAGAAAUUAAUGUUUCCCCUCCACCUUUCAAGCAAGCUAAACUGCAACCCUUUCCCUCUGAUCCUGAACUUGCUAAAGAGGCAUCGUCUCAUCUAGUCAUUGAUGACGACUUGAUGUUUGAUGCUGCUGAACAUCCAGACAUGGUAAAGGUUUUUACACAGUAUCGGCAUCAUAAAAGAAUCAGUGUUUUUUUUCUUGACCCAGAACCUUUUCCUUAAAGGUAAACACACCAGAA